AUGAACGGUUUCAAUCGUAUUCGAGCAACACUUCGCCAUACAUUGUUUUCGAAUGAUAGUAGUUCAAGUCCAACGAUGGCGCGACGUGAAGAUUUUCCGAUUCUGAAUCGUCAUUUAUCUUCCUACGAACGUUUCGAUUUAUCAACAGGUGGCCAAGGAGCUUCAUCAACAUCCUUUCAUAAUAUUAAUCCUUUGAAUACAUCAUCGUCACAUGUGCCCAUCAUCGAAACAACGAGUGAUGGAGUUGAAUUCUUACCGAAUAACGCUAAACGAACAUUACGGACGAUUCCUGGCGUUUUUUGCCCCAUUGCUUUAUCGAUGUUUUCUAUUUCAUUAUUUAUGCGUAUGGGAUUUGUUGUUGCCAAUGCUGGAGUUUUACAAACUUUACUACAAUUUGGUCUUUGUUUUAUUAUCCUUUUUUGUACGUUACUAAGCGUGUGUGCAUUAGCUACUAAUGGAGCUAUUGAAGGUGGCGGCGUUUAUCACAUGAUAUCACGCGCCUUAGGACCUGAAUUUGGUGGUUCAAUUGGUGUUCUCUUCUUCUUUGCUAACGUCAUCGGAAAUGGUCAAAGUGUUGCUGCUCUUGUCGAAGCAAUCGUAGCUAGUUUUGGACCCGGAAGUAAAGCCAAUGCAUUUGAAGAUUCACAUUGGUGGAGAAUUUUAUAUGGAACUUUUAUUAAUAUAAUUAGUCUUGUUACCUGUCUCUUAGGCUCAUCGUUGUUUUCCAUGGCCACAUUUUUCAUCUUUAUACUUGUUAGUUUUGUUUAUCUCAUGGUUGUUGUUUCAUUCUUUGUGAAAAGUCCCUUGCAAGUAUUGAUACCAAAGGUGAACACAUACGUUUAUGAUCAACAAGCAUCGUUGUACAAUAAAACGGAUCUUAUCUAUGGAAAUUAUACUGGAUUCAGUUCAGCAACAAUGCGAGAAAAUACAUAUGCGAAUUAUACGAUCGAUUACACAACAGGCGACACGAUGGACUUUGCAACUGUUUUUGGCGUUUUAUUUUCAAGCAUCACUGGUCUUUUAGCUGGGGCAAAUAUGUCUGAAAAACGCAUCGAGAACAAAUUCAUUAUGUUUCAAGUGCCUAUUUUCUAUUUAGGGGAAUUAAAACGACCAAGUCGUAGUAUUCCAACUGGAUCUGUUACCGCUCUUCUUUUCGUGUUUUUUAUUCUUAUCACAGAAGCAUUACUCAUGGCUGGUACUACUAGCAGAUUCGUCUUGACCAAUAAUUACCUUUUUCUACAAGAUAUUAAUAUUUGGGAACCGUUUGUUGUGAUCGGUAUAAUUGCGGCUACUUUUUCCGCGUGCCUCUCUGGUCUCGUCGGCGCAUCAAGAAUUUUAGAGGCAUUAGCAAUUGAUGAAAUUUUUGGUCCCUUAUUUCAUUGGAUUCGCGGAGGAACAACACAUCGAGGUAACCCAUGGGCUGCUGUUCUAUUUACAUUCAUCCUUGUACAAUUAACUCUAUUGAUUGGCUCGAUGAAUAAAAUUGCUCCGAUCGUGACCAUAUUCUUUCUCUUGGCUUAUUUCGCUGUGAAUCUAUCGUGCUUAGCACUUGAUUUAGCAUCAGCACCGAAUUUUCGACCAACGUUUAAAUACUUUUCAUGGCAUACUGCUCUGAUAGGUGCUGUUGGAUCGAUUAUCAUGUGUUUUAUUGUUUCGGCUGCUUUUGCAUCGAUUGCUAUCGGAGUCUUGAUCGGAUUUAUUUGUAUGCUUCAUUUAAGAGAUUUUCCACGCGCAUCGUGGGGUUCCAUAUCGCAAGCUCUUAUAUUUCACCAGGUUCGAAAGUAUCUUCUCAUGCUCGAUCCUCGUAAAGAACACGUGAAAUUUUGGCGUCCACAAAUGCUAUUACUUGUUUCCAAUCCACGUUCAUCAAUCAACCUGAUUGACUUUGUUAACGAUAUGAAGAAAGGUGGUCUGUUUAUCCUGGGUCAUGUCAAAACGGGUCAUAUGGAUGUAGGAUCAAAUGAUGUCUGUUCACAAGAAUAUCCUUACUGGGUCUCAUUGAUUGAUAAUAUGAAAAUAAAAGCAUUUGUGGAUAUGACAUUGGCGCCGACGAUUCGAGAUGGUGUUUUGCAGUUAAUGCGAUUAUCAGGAUUAGGUGGUCUUCGUCCGAAUACAGUUAUCCUUGGUUUCUAUGAUGGUGCAACACCAGAAGAUAAAUUACGCAAUCGUUCAUUUUUCAAAAGACGUUGGCUCAAGUCGAGUACGCCUAUCAAUACGCUGGCUACACCUGCAUUUCAUCAACAAGAAACUAUACAAUCUGGUAGAAUGGAAGGUGCAAGUACAAUCACUUUGAAUUCAUUCAAUAGUUCUACUGCAAUUAAUGGAAAUGAUAUGUACCCGAUAUUUAAUUUUGGAGAAUUACGGCAAGAAAAUGAAGAAAAAGAACUCGAUGCACAUUCCUAUGUGCAAAUAAUAAAGGAUGCACUCCAUUUGAAUAAAAGUGUUUGUUUGGCUCGAAACUUUCAUCAAUUACAAAAGGAUGAGAUUGAAAUCAACAGACGGAAGGUCUUUGUCGACAUUUGGCCAGUCAAUUUUAUCUUUCCGGAAACGUCAACUCAGUUUGACGUCACGUGUUUGUAUAUGCUGCAAUUAGCAACGAUUCUAGCAAUGGUUAAGCCAUGGAAAACUCGUGCUACCCUACGCGUUUUUCUUUGUAUUGAUGCGAUCAACGACAAUGCAUUGCGUACUCAGCAACAUUUGGACGAACUACUUAGUCAAUUACGUAUCAACGCUCAAACACGAAUGAUCGCUUGGGAAAACGUCACGAGCUUAUUGAACAUCGCUCCGACAGUGACUAAUGAUAGUGCUGCAACAAUUCCUGUUGAACAGCAGGCUUCAGCAACAACGACAACAACAGCCGCGUCAACUAACUCGUUCGUUGAUAUCAAUGAUGUCUAUGUUCGUGGUGUGAAUGAACUAAUUCGGCAACAAUGUGAUAACACAUCAUGUUUGUAUCUGUACUUACCACGUCCACCGAAAGACAAAACACUUUCUCAACGUUAUAUACGCGUUUUGGAUAUGCUAUCAAAUGAUCUCCCACCCGUUAUGUUCGUACAUGGUGUGUCAUCCGUCACAUGUACACAAUUAUAA